AUGAGAGGAGAGCUGAUCAUUGAGACGCGUGUGGAUGAACGCGAUCUCAUCUCUACACCCAACUUCCGCGACGACUUGCGCAGGCGCAUCCAAGUUGAGACUGGCAUCUCGUCCUUCAGACAGCAGUUGCUACUUGAAGACAAGAUCAUUCCAGAAGUGUGCUCAUGGGAAAGUCUUGGGCGGCCCCAAGAGAUUCGCGUGACUUUCCAGCAGAGUACGGAAGACUUCAGUGCAGAACUACUCCGUGCUGCCGAGAUGGGAGACACCAAGAGAGUUCACGAUGUGCUGGAACGCUUCCAAAACCCUGAUUGCAAAACUACAGCAGGCGAAACUGCAAUUAUGAAAGCCAGCAAGAGGGGCGACUUGGACAUUCUGGAGCUGCUUUUGAGGGCAGGUGCCGAUGUGAACCACACAGCAGAGAACGGGAGCACGCCGCUCCUGGUAGCAGCAGAGCAUGGACAGCUGGUGGUGGUUCGCAGGCUCGUGGGUGCAGGCGCAGACUCCGACCUGGCUCGUGCUGACAAAGAAAAGGCCUUCAUCAGUCACGACGACACUCCGCUCCUUCUUGCGGUCGACUGUGCGCCGGAAGGAGGGCGCCCAGAGGUAAUUCGUUGCUUGCUUGAUGCCGGAGCAGACAUGGAGAGGAUGAACUCCCGUGGCAUGUUCCCACUCCUCAUGGCAGCACAUGAGGGAAUGUAUGACAUUGUGUGCCAGUUGCUGGAAGCUAGGGCCAACGUAAAUCAGUCAGGGUCAGAUGGCCUCACGGCCGUGCUUGCUGCAGUCGCAGAGGGCCAUGUGGACAUCCUCAAGCGUUUGCUACAUGCCCGUGCCAAUCCACGCACCCGUUUGAACAAUGGCAGCACGCCAUGGUCGAUUGCCACCUCCAUGAGUUUUGACCGGCGCCACCGUGAGAUCGAAGCGGUUGACAAUCGUCACGCUGAGAUCCUCCAGUGUUUGCGUGAUGCUGGA